AUGAAACUAACUCAGAAUUUUGGCACUGGUGGUGGGCCCGAGACACCUGAAGCCGAAGAGCCUUCUGGUAGAGGAGACGAUGGUGAGGAGGGGGAGGAGGACGAGGAGGAGGACGAGGAGGAGGAGGAGGAGGAGGAGCAGCAGCAGCAGCAGAAUCCGGAGCAACAUAGGGAGGGUCCGAUGAAGAAUAAUGAGGAGGGUGGAGACAAAACUACGUCAUUCUGUGAUUUUGCUGAAAUGAAAUCGUAA